AUGAAGUUGGAUGCAAAAGCUUUGAGGGGUAAAACCAACACCACCUCUGCAAAUUUACAACUCUUACUAAUUGGGCCUACAGAUGAUGGCUAUCGACUUACGUACGGAGGACUUGAUUAUCUUGCUCUUAAUACAUACCAGAAGCAGCAGGUAGUUUACUCUGUGGGAAACCAAAUCGGUGUCGGGAAGGAAUCCGAUAUUAUAGCUGUGGCAGAAGCAUCUGGAACACAACGAAUUUUGAAGAUACACCGAUUGGGGCGAAUAUCUUUCCGUUCAAUAAAGAACAACAGAGACUACCUGCGACACCGAAGUUCUGCAUCAUGGAUGUACAUGUCCAGACUGGCUGCUAUCAAAGAAUUUGCAUUUAUGAAAGCUCUAAGGGACAAUGGAUUUUCUGUUCCCGAACCUAUUUCGCAAAACCGCCAUACCAUCGUUAUGAGUAUGAUUGAUGCAUUCCCCCUUCGUCAAAUAUCAUCUGUUCCCAAUCCUGCCGCUUUAUACGCAGAACUAAUCGACACGAUCAUGGAAUUGGCGAAAUUCGGCUUGAUACAUGGCGAUUAUAACGAGUUCAACAUUCUAAUAAAGGAAGAGGAGAUACCCACGGAAACAAAUGAAGAAAGUAAAGAUAAGAAAGAAGAUAACGUCAAACUUACUCCAGUUGUGAUUGACUUCCCCCAGAUGGUUUCGGUCGACCAUGCGAACGCUGAGAUGUACUUUGACAGAGAUGUUAACUGCAUCAAGCGUUAUUUCCAACGGAGGUUUGGGUUUGUCAGUGACGAACCUGGGCCUUUCUUUUCAGAAGCCCGAAAACUAGUGGGAACAGACGGAACUCCUAGACUGGAUGUAGCUGUCGAGGCCUCAGGUUUCUCGAAGAAAAUGGCUAAAGAACUAGAGGCAUAUAUGAAAGAAGUUGGUGUUGAUGGCGAUGCUCGAGACAUUGGAGAUGAUGAAGGCCAGGACGUGGACGACGAUCAAGAUAUUGAUGAGUAUGAGGAAAAUGACGACGACGACGACUUAGAUCAGGAAAACGGGAACAAUGGCCAUGAGAAGUCAGAAACAAACGAACAAUUGGAGGAAAAACCGCAAAUCCAUGAUCCCGAUACUAAAAUCGGGAUGGAAAAGCUCACCAUAUCCGAACCCUCAUAA